AACAGUGCAACCGGGCGCAGUGCGAAUUGCUGUUGAUAAAAUUAUUAAUUUUAGUGUGUUAUUGUGUGAUUGAGGUGCUAAGAAAUGUCUGAUAUCAAGGCAGAAACCAAGAAUGAUAAUAACAUUGAUGAUGUGUCCAAGGACCAAUCGGACGAAAAGCCAACUCCUACUAAAAACAAACGGAGCGGGUCAAAGAGGCUGUCAACUCUCGAACGAACUGCUCAGGAAGGCGAAGCUAUUGCCAAGGGUCUGAGCACAUCCAAUGUUGAAGUUGAAGGCAGAAGACGCACUCGUAGUUCAGCUCGUGGUAUCGCACCUUCAACACCUGCACCCUCACCGCCGAAGAAACAAAAAACAGAGCCCGUCUCAAAAUCAACAUCUGGAACUGGCCGUGGACGUGGCCGUCCAAAGAGACAGGAGAAAAUAAGUGAAAAUAAUACAGAUGACGAAGCGAACAAUAAAAAUGAAAAAAUUGUUGAGGAAGAAAAAAUGGAGGUAGAUGAAGAAGCUAAAGAUGAAAAGGACAGUAAAACGUCUGAUCAUGCGGUUGGUGAAAAAAAUAGCGAGGAAAAUACUGAAAGUAAAGAUAAUAAUGGAGAGAAAGCAAGUCAGGCAAAUUCCAAGGACGAAAAAUCGACGGAAGAGUCGGAGAAUUCGUCGAUAACAGAAUCUAAAAUACCGUCAAAUGCCAGUGAAGAAAAGAAAGAUGAUGAGGAUGAUGAUGACGUCAAAGAUAGCUCGGAUUCAAGUCAAGAUGCGACAGAUGCUGCUGCACCUGAUAACAAAUCCGAACCACCAGCAUCCACGGAGUCUCAAAAUCCCUCCAACAAGACAACCACCGAUGACAAAAAGGAAUAACCUUUUUAUUUAAUAUAAAAUUCAAUGUAAUUUUCGCGUAUCAAGACGGGCGCACACCGGGGCUAUAAAAUCAAAGUCUCCACGUCUAUUUUAAUUAAUUGACACCUUACAUUGCUGUUUAUCAUUCAUAUCAACGUAAUUGAUAAUAAUUUUUAUUUUUUCGAAAAUUUUAUUACUGUCAUUUAAAAAGUAAUACUUUAACUUUAUAUAAAAACAAAAAAACAUUUAUCAGAUUAAUGUUAAUUUCCAUAAAUUUGAUUUAGUUUUUCGUUGAAAAUAAUUAUACUUUUUUAUUUCAAAAGACUUAGAAUAUUAUUGUCAUAUAUAAUAUUUUAUAUUUGUAUUAUUAUUUAAAUUAGAUUAAUUAUUUGUGUUUAUUAAUUUACGACAGCAAUUAAAGGUGUAGAGCAUACGUUGUUCAUGUACAUUAAUAAUAUUGUAAAAAAUAUAUUUAAUAUGGACUCGUAACAGAAAAAAAAAAAAAAAAAAAAAAAUUAUGGAUAUUUGAAUACAAUAAUCUAAUAAUAAUAAUUAUUAUUACAAUUAAAAUCGACAAAGAAAAUUUAAGUUUAAUAUAAAAGUAAAAUACAUGAAAAAUUUAUAAUUUGACUAUUAAAAUUAUAAUAAAAUCAUAAAGAUAUAAAUAAAUAAAUAAUUUAAUUAAUUAAUUAGUAUAAUAAUUAAAUUAAAAUGGCAACUCAAUCAUAUAAUAAUCAUAUAAAUAACUUUCGGUACCAUAUUAAAUAUUUAAAUAUUAUUGUGUAUCUGAACGGUUGUGAGUGUACAGAUAGAUUAUAUGAUUGAUUGACUAUAUUUAGUAAAUCCACUGUUAAUGAGACAUCAAUCUAAAGGAUUCACAAUUUCAAUAAGUAUAAAUUUAAUAUUAUUAUUAAUAAAAUUACAUAUUUAUGUAUUUUUAUGACAUUUCGCAUAUCGUGUCUACGUACACUUGACUAAGAAAAAUAAAUUUAAUUAUUAUUUUUAUUUUUGGAUCGUAGUGGCUUCAAUAGUUGAUAAUAAAUAUUAUUUUCACGUGUUUUUCUUUAAUAUUUUUGAAACUGUAUACAUUAAAGUAAAUGGCCUCAAUGUAAAAUAAAGAGUCAAAUAUUUCUAGUAAAUUUAUAGUUUUAUUAUUUUUAUUAUAACAUUCAAUAAUUAUUAUCAUGUACGAACAGUGCAAUAAUAAAUAAAAAAAAAUGGGUAACGAGUUCUUAAAUGAUAAAUUAAUUAUACAAUUAUCUUUCUCACCGUCUGAAUAAACAUCACAUUUUUCAAAAAUUAAUAGUAAUUACGAGCGUACUUUUGAGUAUAAAUGGCAUAAAAUAAACAAAUUUAAAUUUAUAUUUAAAGUCAAAAAAUGUCUAGGUCUCAAAAAUUAUUUAAGACGUUAAAUAAUAAUAGUAAUAGAACAUGUAACUUAUUAAUUUAAACAAUGUCAUUAUAACUGAUAGUAAAAUAAAUUUUAAAUAAAAAAAAGUGUCUCGUUCAGUGGGAUUUAGAUAACUAGCAACUAGUGUUAAACAAUAGUUAAGUAAUUAUUGAUAUGAAUAAUAUUAAAUAUAUAUAUAUACAUCUAUAUAUAUAAAUAUAAAUAUAUAAAACUUGUAUUGAGAUUUGCUCUUGAGAUCAAGUGAUAUGUGUAAUAAAAAAAAUAUAUUAG